ACGUGGCCCGGGGGAGGAGCGGCGCACGGAGCUUGGAGAAGCCGGGCAGGAAGGCCGGGGCAGGCAGGCAGCGCGAGCCGCACAACGUUGCAGUCCCAGGGCGAGCCGCACUCCACAACGAGAAAGGCCGACCGUCAGCAGGAAGUUCUGAUCCGUGUAGUCGGUUACGGCCAGCUGCUGUCACCCUGCAUGCCCCUCACUGGCCAUAUCGCUGCCAUACACAGACACCGCUCGCAUUAAAUCCACAGACAGUCACCUCCACCUUCAGUCCGCCCGGUGGGGUAACGGAGAGCGCCGAGGAUGAAGCUUAAAGAAAUAGAUCGUACUGCUAUGCAGGCCUGGAGCCCCUCUCAACAUCACCCGAUAUACCUGGCAACAGGCACAUCUGCUCAGCAACUUGAUGCCACCUUCAGCACUAAUGCGUCGCUUGAGAUCUUUGAAAUGGACCUGGCAGACCAUUCCUUGGACAUGAAAUCAUGUGCUACUUUCUCAAGCUCUCACAGGUACCAUAAGCUUAUAUGGGGUCCACACGGGAUGAAUUCAGAUGGCGAACUUUCUGGAGUCCUUAUUGCUGGGGGAGAGAAUGGAAACGUGAUUCUUUAUGACCCAGCUAAAAUCUUAGCAGGUGACAGUGAAGUUGUCAUUGCUCAACAAGAUAAACACAGUGGACCAGUGAGAGCCCUAGAUGUAAACUCUUUUCAGACAAAUCUUGUAGCCUCUGGUGCCAAUGAGUCAGAAAUCUAUAUUUGGGAUCUGAAUAAUUUUGCUGUACCAAUGACACCAGGUGCUAAGUCUCAGCCUCUGGAAGACAUCAGCUGUAUUGCGUGGAACAGGCAGGUGCAGCACAUUCUGGCUUCCACUAGUCCCAGUGGGAGAGCCACUGUCUGGGAUCUCAGGAAAAAUGAGCCAAUUCUCAAAGUCAGCGACCACAGUAACAGGAUGCAUUGUUCUGGCAUGGCUUGGCAUCCAGAUGUUGCCACCCAGAUGGUACUUUCUUCAGAAGAUGACCGGCUCCCUGUCAUUCAAAUGUGGGACCUGAGAUUUGCGUCUUCUCCUUUGCGUGUCAUGGAAAACCACACAAGGGGGAUUUUGGCCAUUGCUUGGAGUAUUGCAGAUCCAGAACUGCUGCUCAGUUGUGGGAAGGAUUCCAAGAUACUCUGCUCAAACCCCAAUACAGGAGAGGUUUUAUAUGAACUGCCAACCAACACGCAGUGGUGUUUUGAUAUUCAGUGGUGCCCCCGUAACCCAGCUGUUCUUUCUGCUGCUUCUUUCGAUGGGCGCAUUAGCAUUUAUUCCAUCAUGGGUGGGAGCGAAGACAAUCAGAGUCAGAAGCAGGCAGACCAGAUCACUUCAUCUUUUGGGAGCCUAGAUCCAUUUGGCACAGGGCAACCUCUCCCCCCACUGCAGAUUUCUCAACCGCCGACGCAGAAGAGCGCUGUUAUUCCUCUGAAAAAACCUCCAAAGUGGCUCCGGCGGCCCGUUGGAGCAUCAUUUUCUUUUGGCGGAAAACUAGUCACAUUUGAAGCUUUAAAGGUGCAACCGACUCAACAACCACAGGUCCAAAACCAACACUUCCAUGUGUAUGUCAGCCAGGUAGUUACGGAGGAGGAAUUCCUUAACAGAUCUAAUAAGUUACAAGAUGUGGUCAGCACUGGAGCUUUCGUUGACUACUGCCAGAAGAAAAUUGAAGACUCGAAGUCAGACUUUGAGAAGAAUGUUUGGUCAUUCCUGAAGGUUAAUUUUGAAGAUGACUCUCGUGGGAAAUAUCUUGAAUUGCUUGGAUUCAAAAAGCAGGAACUGGUUGCAAAGAUUGCAUCAGCUUUGAGCAAUGGAGCUCUUACAGAUGGAACACACGAGGCUGUGAAACAACCUGACCAAGCUCUUGAAAGUGAUGAGGAAGAAAGCCCACCUACAGAAGACCAGAUCUUGGGGGAGAUUUCAAGCGAGGACAAAGAAGACCGUUCUGACAAUGUUUGGACUGGUGAAACAUUUAACAUAUCCGUGAGUGGAGAUGUUGACGGACUGAUCACUCAGGCCCUCCUGACUGGUAACUUUGAAAGCGCCGUUGAUCUCUGUUUACAUGAUAACCGCAUGGCCGAUGCAAUAAUAUUGGCCAUAGCCGGUGGGCCAGACCUGUUGGCAAGGACGCAAACAAAGUACUUUGCCAAGUCAAAGAGCAAAAUAACCAGGCUGAUCACUGCUGUUGUGACCAAGAACUGGAAUGAAAUUGUUCAAUCAUGUGAUCUUCACAAUUGGCGGGAAGCUCUUGCUGCUGUAUUGACUUACGCAAAGCCCGAAGAAUUUGCAUCUUUAUGCAAUCUCUUGGGCUCAAGACUGGAGAAAGAAGGGGAUGUCCCUCUUCAGGCACAGGCCUGUCUGUGCUAUAUUUGUGCAGGGAAUGUAGAAAAACUGGUAGCUUGCUGGACCAAAGCUCAAGAUGGCACAAGUCCUCUAUCCUUACAGGAUCUCAUAGAAAAAGUGGUCAUCCUUCGUAAAGCAGUGCAAGUCACGCAGGCUGUGGAAACACAUGAUGUAGGGACCCUUCUGGCAGGGAAGAUGAGUCAGUAUGCAAAUCUGUUGGCUGCUCAGGGAAGCCUUGCCGCUGCUUUGGCGUUUUUACCCACCAACACCAAUCAACUGAACAUUGUGCAGUUACGGGAUAGGCUCUCUAGGGCACAGGGAGUUGAUGGAAUAUCUCCAUCUGCUGGUGGUGUUACUACCAGAGGAGGAACAGCAGCAGCAGGACAACAGCGAGCACCAACUCGAAUGCAAACCGGCCCCGAUUCCCAGUACUAUGCACAGGCUAGGAUUGCCCCUACUGUCACUUCCUGGAGUAACAAAAUCCCUACUGCCCUUACAAGCUGCACACCUGCUGCCUCCAUCUUUGAUACUCAGAGAGACAAUGCUGCCCCUCCUCCAGGUUUCAACAUCCCAGGCACCGCUUAUCCAUCUGCUCCUGGUAAAACCAUACCUGCACCACCAGAUUCUUACAACAUGAACACUCAGAUGGGACCUCGGCCACCAUACCCUCAACCUUAUCUACAGUCCCAACAGUAUUCUUAUGGCUCUGGGGGACCAGCUGUCUAUCAGCCCCAACCAGCUACCAUACCUUCUGCCUCCCCCUACCACAGUAGUCCUUAUGCCUCUUCUGCUCACUCUACUGCUCAGCCGCCCUACUCUGGACAACCUCAGUCCUCUGCUGUACCAUCACCUUCUCCUUCCUCCUUCCCCCCUCCUCCUCCUGGAGCGUCCUUCCAGCAUGGCGGACAAGGAGCUCCUCCUGCAUCUGCGCCUUAUACAAAUCCUCCUCCUGGAACUACAGGUACCUUGCCUGCCGCCAGUGAGCUGCCUGCAUCCCAGAGAACAGAAUAUCUCUCUGUUCAAGAUAUGGCGACUUACCUGCAAGGACCCCAGAAUGGUUGGAAUGACCCACCUGCACUGAGCAGAACUUCUAAGAAAAAGCAGGUACUAGAGAAUUACAUGCCACCUCCUCCAAUCACCGCUCCAAUAAUGAAUCCUGUGUCUGACCCACGUUCUCAGCAGCAGCAGGUUCCAACAUCUGUACCUCCUGUGUCAUCAGUACCAUUUCAGCCUUCAACGGUACCUUCAGGGCAGCCAGGAGCUCCUAAUCCUUUCCCAGCCAUGCAGCCUCAUGUCGGACAACCAGUAGCACACCUUGAUUCUUCAAAGCCCAGUGUGGAUGCUCAUCCAGGACUACCCAUUGCAAACACCAUGCAGACUAUCCACUCUUUGCCUGCUGAAAAAAUCACAAAGAAUCCAAUUCCCGAAGAGCAUCUUGUCCUGAAAAGCACAUUUGAAGCCCUUAUCCAAAAAUGUUUGUCCUCUGCCAUUGACCAGCAAACAAAGAGGAAGUUGGAUGAAGCAAACAAGCGUCUGGAGUCCCUGUAUGACAAGCUAAGAGAGCAAACGCUCUCCCCUGCAAUAAUCGCAGGUCUGCACAACAUUGCCAGAAGUAUUGAGUCUCGGAACUACAUGGAAGGGCUAAAUAUCCACACCCACAUAGUCACAACCAGUAACUUUAGUGAAACAUCUGCCUUCAUGCCAGUACUCAAAGUUGUCCUUACCCAAGCCAAUAAGCUUGGAGUGUGAAAUCCUUUCUCCACAACCUAUUGCUCCACAACAAAAAUGCAACUCUGCACCUUGGGCAAGAAGACGGACCAAGGACUAGCAUGUUUUUAAACUUCCAGAAAUCCGUUCUGUGACUUUAAAUGCAACAUAAAACACCACAAAUUCCUGCAUUUAUUAAUUUUUUUUAAUGUUGGGAAUUCUUUUUAUUUCUCGCAAUAGUAUAUUUUUUUCUCCUCCAAAGAUCAUAUAACCUCAUGGAUUAUUUACAGCAUGUCAGAAUUACAGGGGCCAGUAACAUAUUUUACAAAACCUGCCGAUGUUCCUUUAGUUCUGGCUCACAUUUUAAAAAGGCUGUGGUUGCAAAGAUUAAGGCAACAUUGCCAAAAAUGUGUCUCAUAGAAUAAAACAUGUGAACCCAAUUUAAA